CAGCUCUCAUCAUGGCUGCCACAGAUACUUCCGGGUCAUGUCUCAGUUAGUAAACCUUCCUAAAGCAGAGAAACUGUUGGACUGGACCUUGUUUUUCUCCGUAACAUCACCUCUUCUCUUCUUCUCUUCCACCAGAGCCACGCUGCUCGGGGCUGAUCCAACCACUUCUUUGUUAAAGCAAAUUUAAAGUAACAACCAGCUUGAGUUGAGCUUUAAGCUAACGAGGUAGCAAGUGGCCAACGAAAGCUUUAGUUUAGUUUUUUUUUUUUAAUUUUAUUUCCAGCCUUUUGUCGAAUUAGACAAGUGUUUUUGACGGAACUACCACCCCAUGAGUUGUGCACGGACGAGCCUUAGUUAAGCUGGUAGUUGAGCCUGAGUGAGUGAACAUGGAGGAUGAGGAGGUGGCGGAGAGCUGGGAGGAGGCGGCUGACAGCGGGGAAAUUGAAAGGAGACUUGAGGCAAAGCUAAAGAUAAAUCAAGAGACAAGGAAGGCCACUUUAAAAUCUGGUGGUUCACCUGUGCGAACUGCGAUUGUAAUCCAAGACGACUCUUUGCCUGCUGCUCCACCACCUCAGAUUAGAAUAUUAAAGCGUCCUUCCAAUAAUGGUACCACAGGAAACUCCGCAUCCUUGUCUCGUCCUUCUCAGCAGAUGAAAUCUUUGGCCCAGCGGGAGGCAGAGUAUGCAGAGGCCCGAAGAAGGAUUUUGGGUAGUGCUUCUUCAGAAGAAACACCUCAGGACAAUUCAAGCCAGGAUAGGGCUGCUCGCAUGAGUGUGCAGCAACCGAUGGAAACACUUCGUCUAAACAAUCAGGUGAUCCGCCAACCUAAUGGCCCAGACGGUACCUCAGGCUUUCGACUCUGCAGAUAAAGUGAAUAUUCCUGCUGCAAGGAAACAGUUGCCUCCCUGAGAGGGCACAGUGUGUGGAAAGUAAAGGGGUUGUGUGUUGUGUGAAGAGCAGAGUGUCAGAAAUCAGUCAUGUCAACUAGUGGUCCCCAAAAUUUUAGGACAAGAAAUAAGAAGACAUCGCUUGAACUUAACUUUACCACCACCUCUCUGCUCUGGUUACUGGUAUCAUGUUUGCCUUUUGCCCUGUAUUUUCCCGAAGUGGAACCCUGCAAGAGGCUGCCAGAGAUUGAAGAUCUCAAACCCCUUCCAGUCCACACCAUGAACAGGCUUUGGUCGCACACUCCACAUACUGUGUCACUCUGAUGUACCACGAGGUCCCUUACGGAGUCCGAUUGCCCAGCUGAGUGAUGGUCCAUCAGGUGCUUGUCUCUUCAAGGAGAAUAAGGAGGACUCGUGAAUGUGUGUGGAAAACCCUAGAGUCACACACGAAGAUAGCUGGGCUUUCCAAUCAUGGAGAAUGGGUUGUCCACCAGCAAGAGGAAGGUCUUAGUUCAUGUGUGGCAAGUGAACUGCUUGACGGUGCCAAGAACUGACUGUGUGUUUAGCCGCUUGAAUGUAAGCUGAUCGAAAAAUUGUGAUGAUUGGACCUUUUUCAGUACAAAUUCCAGGUGCCCAGUGAUGUUAUAAUACUGUAGAGGAGGUUGAGUGGUUAAAACCAGAGCGUUUGAAAGGCCUCUGUUUGGCACUGGUAGUUACUUUUAAAAAAAAGAGCCAGUUUAGCAAACAGUCUGUGGCCAAAGAUGAUGAUCUGAAACACAAAAGAAAUCUCAGCUUUUUGAAGCAAUAACAAUGAAAUGACUUCAUUGUGUGUAUUUUUGUUAAACGUUUUGUUUUAAACCAUUAACAUUGUUACUUUUUUUUUUUUUUCUUAGUAACAUGGCAUAUUUAAUUUAGUGCUAUGUAAGCAAGUAAAUGAUUUAGCUGCCAUUAGAAAAUGUAUGUUUGUGUCUGUUUAAUUUUGAUCAUAUUGAAGGGAAGAACUCAUUAAUUGAAAGAAUAUCCCUUUUGUGUGGUGACUAAAAUCAGAUAAAUGAUGAGAUUUUCCCUAAAUCUAUUAGAACUCCAUCUGCUUGAACAUCAGCUGCACGAUCUUUGUGCUGUUGAAGCAAUACUUGUAAAUUCUUCCUCAAUUAAUAUAUCAUGCCCAGUGUGAAGAAAGAUGAAAUAUUAUGGUAUGUUUUGGCAAAGGCUCUGCAUGGUUCAGGGAAAUGUGACAAAAAUUACAGAAAUAAUUAAGAAAAAUGUUGGAAAAUGUAAUCUUUUAAUCGGUGCCGUUUGGAAUGAAGAUACAUUUAAUGACCUGGUUUUGUUGAAGGUCUUCCUGUUAUGUAUGCGUGUUUGUUUUUUUUCCCCCAGACUGCAGGAUUUUACAAUGUUAGCUGAUUUACCAGCGAUCAAAAAUAUCUUUACAAACUAUCAAAUAGUCAAAUGCUGAUAAGAUACCUAAUAUAGUGGUUAUCACCAUAGAUGAACAUGAAGUUGGUUUGAAACUUCUGACAUUUUAAGCCUUAAAUGAUAAAGGCUUGCCAACACCCAUUUUUCUUGUAGAGGUUCAGAUAUAUUUUUGAAGGUCUUUCUGUGCUCAGAUUAGGUUUAUGACCAAAUCAUCUGUUUGGGCUACACAGUAAGAAUUUUGACAAAUUUGUUCCCACAUUUGGUGAGUUUGGUUUUGUGCUGUUCAAACAAUCUCAGGUAAAUUGAGGUCAAGCUGUGAUCAACAGAAGAUACACGUUCAUAAUAGCACAACUUUCUAAACGUGCUGCAGUUCAAACUCCAGUGUCUGAUUAAGAAAUUUGGUGUCACCGUUAUUGUAUUGUGUGCAGAGAUGCUCUUAACUUUUUCGGAGUGACAUGCAAGGUUUUCAUUUGUGUUUGGGCCUAUAUUAAGGAAGCAUUCUUCGAAUAAACUGUUCUUGGGAGGUGUAGUUGAGGUUUUGAAACAAGAUUUGCUAUCUUGACUUGAUAAUCAAGAACAGUCCAUUUUGUGCCAGUGUGAUGUUCCCAUCAUGCUUUGUUGCAGUCAUUCACAGCCACUUGUCUAAAUGAGACCUAAUUGAUGUCAUCAUUUUGAAAUAAAACAAACAAAUGGAAUACCUUUUAAUAAACACAUAUUAUAAAUGCAGAAUUUUACUUUAUUUUAUUUAUGUCUUGCCAGAAUUUUGGUGCUGUUGUGCAAACAGAAAUUCUGCAAAGGCUUCAGCCUGAUGGCCUAGCUGUUGCAGCCGACCUCUAGCGGCCAGACGAGGAAUUACAACGAAUUGUUCCGCAUGAGCGCCAACCCGGAAGUUAGAUGGGUUUUUUCCUUUUUUUUUUUUUUCUUAUUUAAGUUUUAUUUUAUUAUAUUAUAUAACUAUUUUACAAAUCAAACCUGGCACCUUUUACAUUCCAGAUAAACAUUCAUUACAAAAGUAGAACAUCAUGCGACUAAAUCAAAAAAAUUAUAGAACAGGAAAACAAGAAAAAAUGCAAGGGAUCAAUCAGAAAUUAGGGUACAAAGGAAUUUAUAGAUAUGCUGGGCUUUUUGAGUUAAACAUCUUUUUACAUAUUCUGACUUGAAUUGUUGACUUGUAUUGUUUUAUUUCGUUAAGAUAUGCACUAAAAAUUGGAAUAAUUUCUAAAAAGUGACCUUUAUGGAUAAAGAAUGUAGCCAUUAUAUUUGCAUUAUUGAUCCCAAAUUCUGUAACUGUAAACACACUGGUAUGUCUUCAAAUGUAAAAAUCGGAAUCAUUUUAUCACUGUGGUUAUCCAAUAUUGAAAAGCUUCCCAAAAGGUCCUAGUUAAACUACAAGAAAAAAAUAGAUGUUCCAAAGAUUCAAUAUCUGCAUUACAAAAAGUACAUAUAUUCAAAUUUAAGAGUGACUUUUACUAAAAGAUCUCUGUUGUUCCAGAUAAGGUAUUUGUGUGGCGAUAAGUUGUGUUUAAAGAUGAGGAUCCAUGCUAAGAGGAACUGCUAAUGGAAGGAUAUGAACAUUUACAGGAAGUUUCUCAACAUUGUAAUGACAGUUUAAAAUUAAGCCACCAAAGCACAAGAAAACAUGAUAUGGUAUAAGGGUCAAGAUAGAAGUCAGAUUCUUUGUUAAAU